CAACCAGGAACGCUUGCUGCUCACUUUACCGGCGUCUGUUUCGGAGCCGUACCGACUCAUGAGGACGGAAAACGGAGUGUAUAGAUCCAGCAUUGGUUACACACGGAUACUUUCUACCCAAAAUGUUGAGUCUCGGCGGGUUGUCGGUGGCUCUGGUGCUCGCUCUGGUGCCCGGUCCGUCUGAGGCGCUGAAGGAGGGAGAGUGUGAAGUGUGUGUUUCCUUCCUGGGGAAGUUCUACCAGUCGCUGAAGGACAACAACGUAAACUUCAACAACGCAGACAUUGAGAAGGCCAUCGUGAAGACCUGCAAAGAUGCUAAAGGCAAAGAAAACCGCUUUUGUUACUACAUCGGGGCAACAAGUGACGCAGCCACCAAGAUGAUCAACGAGGUGUCCAAGCCGCUCAGCUACCACGCCCCCGUGGAGAAGAUCUGUGAGAAACUAAAGAAGAAGGACAGUCAGAUCUGUGAACUGAAAUACGACAAACAGCUGGACCUGACCACAGUGGACCUGAAAAAGCUUAAAGUGAAGGACCUGAAGAAGAUCCUGGAGGAGUGGGGCGAGUCCUGCAAAGGCUGCGCCGAGAAGUCCGACUUCAUCCGCAAAAUCACGGAGCUCAUGCCUAAAUACGCUCCUGCAGCCGCCAAGGCACGGACAGAACUGUAACGAGGAACAUAAACAAAACACACAACUUUUGGACUUGACUUGGACCAGACUGCUAUCCAGAAAGAAGAAGAAGGAGGAGGACCAGGAGAGGAGAGGAGAGGAGAGGAGAGGAGAGGAGAGGAGAGGAGGAGGGGGGAGUUUUGUUUGACAUGUUUGUCUCAAUCUUUUGGGUUUUGGGGAGUUGUAAAAGCAUGUAGUAAUGUGAUUCAGAAGUAUAGACAUCGGUGUAUACACAAGUCUGAAGUCUAAUACUUUUAAAUCCAGUGAAAGGGAAAAGAAGCUUUUUGAAAUAGUCAUGAAGGUCAUAAAGGGAUUCAUACAACAGAAGACUAAUUUAAUGCAGAAUGUGAGCGUUGGGAGCAGCUUUUUCGAUACAUUUCACUGUAUGUUUGCUACAAACGUGAUUCUCCAACAACGUGGCAUCACUGAGCCGCUGCUGGAGGUUACAGCGACGCUCCGGCACGUUUGUUGGCCACAACACAGCUUCCUGUUCACAAACUCUUCUCCAGCCUCCUGCCAACAACAUCUUAAUGCCAACAAGUCGAAUGUGUUUCUUCUGAGGAUGAGUCACGUUUUUUCGAGUCUGUCUUAAAACAACACUGACUGACAUACAUGUUUGUACAUACAAAUCAUUUCCAGUGGCUGCAGAUAAAAUCCACAGUCCUGUUCUGUGCAAAAAGGGUUUUUUAAGUAACAUUACGUUUGGCCGGUUUAACCAACAGGAAGGAUUACAGCAGCCAAAAACGGUUUCCACACACAUGUGAGUGUCGUAUUAAGAUCAGACUUCAGCUCUCCUUUUAGGCCGAUGACCACCUUACUGUAGAGACAUUCAGGUCUUCAACAUUCCCCCUUUAAACCUCCAGUUUAGUCUUUUUGUUUUAUAGUUAACAGAGUCACCCAUAUUCCAACUAAGAGUCAAAGAAACUGUGCCAUUAUUACAAAAAAAACGAACCUCUUUAUCUUAUUUCUUUAAAGGAUCUGUACACGACAUUCAGAACAUUAAUACAGCAGCAAAUGUUAUUUUGUGAAGAUAUAGUGCAGUUACAGCCCCCUGAGCAGAGAAUGAAGUCACGCUUCUCUAUUAUAUCCUCUUUAUCUAAGCUUCUCUCUUCUUUGUUAACAACUAAAUGUUGUAGCCUCUCUGGCUGUGAGUCCUGUAUGUGUCGGACUCUCUGACAACGACCUGCUGGUUCCCCCUCAGGUUACUCUGUUAGCUCUGUUCUUAUUGUUGGGAUCUUUAGAACCAUUUGCUGUGUCGAUAGAACCGCCGUGUUGAGAGGCUUGUACAGGCAAUCGAUGUGCUCUGAAUUCUGUGUACAGACCUGUGUAAAUUCACAACACUAGCUUUUUGCACCAUGGCAGCACCAUGUGGCCUGGCCAUUAAUCCAGAAGGAUUUAAUUUUUUAUGGAAAUGGCCCUAAAUACUCAACAUUGCCAAUAAUUAGCUUUUCUCCUGGAAAAAUGCAGGUGCUACACAAUCUCUGAACCCAGUCUGACAACAAAGCUGAUAUUUCUGAGCAGAUAUCAGGACCAAGACCUCCUCCUCCUCCUCCUCCUCUGUGCACCUGUCUGCUUUUGCAGUCUAAUUAGCAACGUAUUUAGGUCCAGACAACAUUCCAGCUAAUCUCUACAGACGUCUGCAUAUUUAAGAAAAGAUGCAUUUUAAAAGUGACAUAUUUUUCAGACGAUAGCUGAUGUGUUCAGAGAUUAGCAAAUGUCUUCUGCCUCAUUUUCUCUCCACACGGAUGGUUUACCUGCAGCACCUUCAGCCCUGACGAAACCUUUAUCUAAUCAAAAAUAGAGAUAUACACAAAUAAUACACACGCCACUGCUUACUGGGUAAUGCCUCUGACAUGAAAACGUACCUGAAACGUGUCUUUCAACCUGGAAACUGCAGCAAAACAUUGCACAAAGUUUACAGAUUGAAACCAAAACUCACCCACAUGUGACGGUCAAUACCUCAAACAGAAACCAGACCAAAUUUUUGUCCCAUUACCUUCAGAUCCUGCAUCAUUUAUAGAGAAGUUGGUUCUUAACAAGUGGUUCUGUCAGUUCUUUAUGAGGAAUACUUGGUGAAAAGAAAAUGCAUGACACACUCUGAACACUCUUCAGCUGUGGACUAUGGGUGACUUGUGUUAAAGAACAUUUAAUUAGUUUCUGACACAGAAAGGUGCAACGCUUCUGUAAGAAAUAUUUAGGUAAGAUAUUUAUUGAGUUUUCUUUUAUGAAUAUUUAACUUCUUUUAUUUCUAAUCUCAUUGUUUCCUGGCUUUGUUUUGGAUCUGGCAGCCCAGAAGGUUUCUGUCCUGUCGUGCUGAUGUAAUAAGUGUUGUGAACUUUGUAGCUCAUGAAAUCAGCCUCAGCUCUCCUGCUGUCGUCCACCUUCACGUCUGAGCAGCUGGGAUCACUGGCACUGUAAUCCAAUCAGGGAUUGGAUGAAAGGAUUGUUAAAAAUUUGAAAUAAAAAAAAAAUAUAGAAAACUGACUGGCGGUGAAUUAAAGUUCAAAAUGUUUGUUUCCAUUCACACACACCUCUGUCACCACUUCAGAAACAAUAUUUAUGGUUCCUUCACUUGGAGGGAAAUAAUAUAUAAAUAUAUAUUUCCUUCCACAUGUUGCAGUGAGCGGUGAAGCUCUGACCCCCCAGACUGUUGUGUCUUUCAGAAGGGAUAGAUAUUUCAUUGUUUGAUGUAUACUGAAAAAAAAAAGGUUUCUGAUGAAAGGAAAACUUACAAUAUGCUGUUUUUUCACAUGUAAGGCCCAGUCAUUUGUUACAACUGUACUAUUCUACUUUUUCAAUUAAAAUAUGUAAAAAACCC